AUGGGUUCAACGCAAUUUGGCAACUUCAAGGUCACAGUCCCCCCGCUGACCACAGACCCGACCCGGGUAUUACAGGACUUCUGUCGCGACUCGACAUUACCCGUCUGCAAUCUCUUCUUAGACAACCAGCCUCCCAACAAGAACUUUGGAGGAUGUCCGCUCUACGGUAUCGAUCUGAGUGGGGAUCGAAACCUCGCCAAUCUCGGGUCUAUUUUGCUCGCCUUUGUCGCUAUCUUGGUAUCGCUCUUUUUGCUGUGGAGGUCGGACAAGAAGCAUGCCGCCGUCGGACGUCGUGAAAUGCAACUGUUUCUUCUAGGAUUCAUCAUUAUCGAGAUAUGUGAGAUUUUCACCGUGGGUGGACUUCCACUCGAGGAUAAAGUUCGCAAGGGUUUCUCGGCAAUUCAUCUUGGAGCAAUCGCGGCAACUUGUUGGAUCUUAUUGUUGAAUGCCUUCGUGGGGUUCCAGCUACUCGAUGAUGGCACAGCAGCAUCUCUUGGCUUAAUCGCCUCAUCUGCCGCUGUUAUCUUCAUUGGCACUGGAUAUAUUGCCCUUGAUACAGCCUUCAACUGGUCUGGCCAUUUCCAUGCCAGCUCAGCCAGCAAUUACCGCAACAUCGCUCUUUACGUCUUGUAUCAACUCUUCCCUCUGGUCUGCCUAGUGGUGUUCUUCCUCCUUGAGACGGUGCUGGUUUUGCGUGUUCUGGGAGAGAUUCGGCCUAUGCUUUACCUGGCUGGUGCCGCGGUCCUCUUUGCCAUUGGCCAAAUCUUUCAAUAUGUCAUCAGCGUCCACCUCUGUACGGCUUCCGGCAGCAAGAUCAACGGAACCUUGUUCGAAACUCUCUUUACACUCCUCUCCGUUGUCGGUCUAUGGACUUUCUGGAGUAGUAUCACAGAAGAUGACUGGCCUCUGCCCGUGGGCAGUGGUUACAACUAA